AGUCGGUGAAUCUCGUGUCUGACAUUCCUGACAGCUGGCUCUAGCUUUGGUAGAAACCACACAAGUUGUUUCGAGCAAAAAUAAACCCUUGAGAACUGUGUUGCUGGAGCAGGCAGAGACAGUGGGUUUGGCAGCGGUUUAAGCGACUGGAAGUAGGUUGCAGUUACGGCGAAAUUGUUCUGACAUGUCCGCGUGCUGUUCUCCCAUGGUGGUGCUUGGAAAAGACAGGCUGAAGGACUGGUUUUAAGGGAAACACCUCCCUGCAGGUGAGCGCUGGUGAAAAUGGAGGAUACAAGGGACAUCUGUCCUCACCUGGAUUCCAUAGGAGAGGUGACCAGAGACGAUCUGGUGCUCAAAUCCAAGGGAACUUGCCAGUCUUGUGGAGCUGUGGGACCAAAUCUCUGGGCUUGUCUUCAGAUCGGGUGUCCUUAUAUCGGUUGUGGAGAGUCCUUUGCUGACCACAGCACACUUCAUGCACAGGCCAAAAAGCACAACCUGACGGUGAACCUGACCACUUUCCGCAUCUGGUGUUAUGCUUGUGAAAAGGAAGUGUUCUUGGAGCAGCGGCUGGCAACGCACACGCCGUCACCGCCAGUCAAGUUCACUGAACCGGAUUCUCCAUUGCCUGCUCACCCUUUGAAAGCUGUUCCGAUUGCAGUGGCUGAUGAAGGCGAAUCUGAAUCAGAGGAUGAUGAUUUGAAACCAAGAGGCCUUACUGGAAUGAAAAAUCUUGGGAACUCCUGCUACAUGAAUGCAGCACUUCAGGCUCUCUCUAACUGCCCACCUCUUACACAGUUUUUUCUGGAAUGUGGUGGACUGGUCCGUACGGAUAAGAAACCAGCACUGUGCAAAAGUUACCAGAAGCUGGUAUCUGAGGUUUGGCACAAGAAACGCCCAAGUUACGUUGUUCCCAGCAGUCUAUCCCAUGGAAUUAAACUGGUCAACCCCAUGUUCCGAGGCUACGCACAGCAGGACACUCAAGAGUUCCUGCGGUGUCUGAUGGAUCAGCUUCAUGAAGAACUGAAGGAACCAGUCGUUGCAGAGACGAGGGAUUUGGAUAUGGGUGACCAGGAUGACAAGCGAGAGGGAGACCGAAGUCCUUCGGAGGAUGAGUUCCUCUCGUGUGACUCAAGCAGUGACAGAGGGGAAGGAGAUGGCCAAAGCCGGACAACAGGGAGCAUGGGCAGCAGCUCCCUGGCAGAGACAGAGUUGUUGAUCCAGGAUGAAGCAGGGAGGGGGAUCUCUGAGAAGGAGAGGAUGAAGGACAGGAAGUUCUCCUGUGGCCAUCGGCGCAGCAACUCGGAACAGGUGGAUGAGGAUGCAGAUGUUGAUACUACUAUGAUGCCAAUUGAUGGCAGAGCCUCACCUGAUAUGCUGCCAGCUCCCCGUCCUGCCAGCCCGUGUCGGACACCAGAACCUGACAACGAUGCCUACGUGCGGUGCUCCUCACGCCCCUGCAGUCCAGUCCAUCAUGAAAUGCACUCCAAGCUCUCUAGCAGUCCUCCUCGCUCCAGUCCUGCCAGACUUGGACCUUCCUACAUACUCAAGAAAGCCCAGAUGCAGGCUUCCGGGAAAAAGAAGAAAGAACUUCGUUACCGCAGCGUGAUUUCUGACAUCUUCGAUGGCUCCAUCCUCAGCCUGGUGCAGUGCCUCACCUGUGACAGAGUUUCUACAACAGUGGAGACAUUCCAGGACCUGUCACUCCCAAUCCCAGGGAAGGAGGACUUGGCCAAGCUGCACUCUGCCAUCUACCAAAACGUACCAGCUAAGACGGGGGCAUGUGGGGACAACUAUGCCUCACAAGGCUGGAUUGCUUUCAUCAUGGAGUAUAUCCGGAGGUUCGUGGUGUCCUGUAUCCCCAGCUGGUUUUGGGGUCCCGUUGUGACACUGGAGGAUUGCCUUGCUGCCUUCUUUGCAGCAGAUGAGUUAAAGGGGGACAACAUGUACAGUUGUGAACGGUGUAAAAAAUUACGGAAUGGAGUAAAGUACUGCAAAGUCCUCCGGCUACCAGAGAUUCUUUGCAUCCACCUGAAACGGUUCCGGCACGAGGUGAUGUAUUCCUUCAAGAUCAACAGUCACGUCUCCUUCCCCUUGGAAGGGCUGGAUCUGCGACCUUUUCUAGCCAAGGAGUGUGUCUCCCAGAUCACCACCUAUGAUCUCCUGUCAGUCAUCUGUCACCAUGGCACAGCAGGCAGUGGGCAUUACAUAGCCUACUGCCAGAACGUGAUCAACGGCCAGUGGUACGAGUUUGAUGACCAGUACGUCACUGAAGUCCACGAGACUGUGGUACAGAACGCAGAAGCGUACGUCUUGUUCUACAGGAAAAGCAGUGAGGAGGCUGUGCGAGAGCGUCAGAAAGUCGUGUCCCUUGCCAGCAUGAAGGAGCACAGUUUACUGCAGUUCUACAUCUCUCGAGAGUGGCUUAAUAAAUUCAACACCUUUGCUGAGCCUGGUCCCAUCACCAAUCACACCUUUCUGUGCUCUCACGGAGGGAUCCCUCCUAAUAAGUACCACUACAUUGAUGACCUGGUUGUGAUUCUGCCCCAGAAUGUGUGGGAGUAUCUCUACAACAGGUUCGGGGGUGGCCCCGCUGUGAACCAUCUGUAUGUGUGCUCCAUUUGCCAAGUGGAGAUUGAAGCGUUGGCCAAACGCAGGAGAAUUGAAAUCGACACCUUCAUCAAGCUGAACAAGGCUUUCCAGGCAGAGGAGUCCCCAAGUGUCAUCUACUGUAUCAGCAUGCAGUGGUUCCGUGAGUGGGAAGCCUUCGUCAAGGGGAAGGAUAAUGAGCCUCCGGGACCAAUUGACAACAGCAAGAUCGCGCUCACAAAAGCAGGUGGCCACGUGCAGGUUAAGCAGGGUGCUGAUUAUGGGCAGAUUUCUGAGGAGACAUGGAUUUAUUUAAGCACGCUGUACGGAGGGGGCCCAGAAAUUGCCAUCAGACAGAACGUGGCCCAGAUCCAAGAAUUGGAAAACCUGCAUGGGGAGCAGAAGAUUGAAGCGGAGACGCGGGCUGUGUGAUCUGUGUGGGAUGGGGCAGGGAAGGUACGGCACAGAUACGUCCGUGUGGGGACAGAUGGCUGGGGAAUCCUGAGGAGUCAAACCUCUUCUGUUGGCUGGCACAGGAAGGUGCGCAGGGCUCCCACCACCGCUUCUGGGAAGGGCAGGUUUUCUCCACCAUCCUUCCAUGUGGCUUUGAACACAGGGGUGGUGCUGGGUGAGACUGGGAGAAGCAGCUUCUCUGCAGUUCAUCUCUGGAUAAAGCUCUGGUAGGAGAUUGCAGCCAGACUUCAGGUUUUGACCUGCACCCUCUCCCUUUGUUUGCUUACAAGGAACCACCGCUCCCAGCUUGCCCCCAGUGAACUGAGUCCCUGUUCCCUUGCAGGUUUUGCUUUUGGCACUUAAUUUUAACUCAGACAUAUAAAGAUAAAUAUUAUUUAUCUUUCCAGCAACAGAAACCCAUUAUUUGAAGCUGACUUGAAGCCAAAAGGGCUCCGGGUACUUUAGUGCUGGUGGGGCACAGCUCCCACCACUUCCUCAUUUUGCUCUUUAUCCACUUUUUGCAAAGUUGCUUGCAAUCAGCUCAGAAAUGUUGGAGGAGGCCGUUCCUCUCUCCCCAGCCCCACACCACUGGUGGGGUCCUGCAGAAUUUUUUUCUCCUUGUAUCCGAUUUCCUGCAUUCAGCACGUGUUCAGAGAACGAAGCUGGAAGAUGACGACUCCUUCCCAAUGGCUUCCUGCCCUACUCUCUCCACCACAGCUCCUGGCAGCUUUGUAGCUAUGGGAUGCAACCUUCCGCGUGCUUAGGUCACAGGGCUGGGACCGCAGCAGCUUCAACUCCAAGCUGGGCUGAGCAGACAUCGUUGGAAGACACAGGGCAGACUUUCAGACUCCUGGGUCAUAACCCCCUUCCCAGACUGCCCCUGCUGGAAGCCUGGAGCUGUCUCCAUGUCCAUCAGGAGAAGCGAAGGGUGCGUGAAGGAUGAGGAGGAGCCCGUUUGUUGGCGCAGAGUCUGUCUGGAGGGGUCACCCUUGGGCAGGGUGGUAACUCAGUGCUGGGGAAGAGCUCCAGGCUGGUAAAGCAGCUUUUUGGGAAUGAGCUGCUUUCUACAAACAAGCCCCCACUGGUGCGCUGAGGUCAUUCCAGCUUCUCUUCACAGAUGGCGUUUGUGUACACAGUGGCUCAUUUAAUGAACAGAAAUAACUUGCUCCCUAAUCUACUGCUGCUGCCGCAGCCACGGAGCACCCGGCAGCGGUGAGGGGAAGGAAGACAAAAAAAAAAGGCUAAACACUACUUUAUGUCCUUUUGCAGCACGGUGUGCGUUUGUCAUUCAUUUGAUAAGUCAGCCAGGAUAUACUGAAAUCUUCUGUGACUUUGCAAGCGUUUCACUGCAAUUUAUCUGGAAGCCGAGCAAGGUGGAAGCAGCCUCUCGGCUGAGGAGCCAGACUGUUUAUGGUGCUGGAACCUGAGUGAUUCCACAGCAUCAGGUAUGGCCUGGGUGGUACCAGCAUGGGGCUGGGACUGCCCGAGCUUCUUGUGUAAAAGAGAAGGAAAGGCUGCUCUUUGACUUAGAGCUAGAAAGCAGAGAAAGGUGGAGGAUGGGAGAAUUUGCAAAGAAAAAUGUGGCCUUCAGAUUUAAUUUUUUUUUUUCUUCUUUAGACUAAAUGUUUGCUGCAAACAGCAACUCCUUUCAAAAAGCGUCUGUAAAUGGUUCCGCAUGUUUAUUUUAUGAUCCUGUUUAUUGGAUGCUUGUACAGACCCGGCCGGGCCCCAGGGGAGGUCAGCGAAUGAGCCACUGUUGGGAUUUCUCAUUGUUUUAAGCUGUCUUUGUUAGUCGCUGCAGCCGCCUUCGGAUCUGCUGCAGAGCCUGUAGGGCUGCAUGUCUGUGUCGUCUGUGCUGUGUGGAAGUUGCUGUACAGACCGUGAUAACACUCCUGUGCUUACGUGUUCUACCUUGUGCUGAAAAUGUGUUACAAUAAAUACAUGUGCAUUCA